GUGUCUUUGUCUCUGUGUCUCUGUGCGUCAUUUUCUCCAGCAAACAAAAUCCCUCAAACUCUCUCUCUCUCUCACUCUCUCUGUAACGCUCAUCAGCUCUGUACUUCCUCCUUCCCAUUUCACACACUACACACACACCACAAACACUUUUACACAAACACUCAUAGCCUCUCUCUCUCUCUAAAUGGCUGAAUCUCACUCAAGAAGAUGAAAAUACCCAGCAAGCCCCGCCACCCCUCGUCGACAUUCCCACCACCAGACUCGGAUCUUCACCCACACAGGCCCAGCAGCGCUCGCAGAAAGACCCGAGCUCCCGGUUCGGCCCGGUUGAAGCGGGCCGGACUCCCGGCCGGGAAGCGGAGCCGACCCGAGACGCCUCUGCUCAAGUGGAAGAUCGACGAAGGCCACGAAGACCACCGCGGGGAUAGAAGAAAAGACCAAAAUGCCCCUGAGGAGGAGAGAGAAGACGGGGGGAAGAGGAAGAGCAAGAAGGGAAGAGAGGUCGCCAUGUCGGCCAGGAAGCUCGCCGCCGGGCUAUGGCGGCUGCAGUUGCCGGAAACUGUUUCGGGUGUACCAGGGCGGACUGGUCAGCUAGGGUUUCAGCCUGACGUCGGCCAUAUCGGCGUACCGUUUCUCCGUAAUCGCAACAGCAAAGCAUAUGCUUCUGAAGCAAAUGAUUUUUUACAAAGCCCUAGUUCUACCUCAAGGAAUGGAUUCUUGUCCAAGUUAUCCAACUCUGCCAUGGAGGGGCAAACAAAAUGGGAUCCUGUCUGCUUGAAAACAUCAGAUGAGGUACGACAAAUUUACAGCCAAAUGAAGCUUCUUGAUCAACAAGCAAGUGCUGCAUCAGUGGUAUCUGUACUUGAAGCUGAUUUAGAGCAGGCUCGAGCUCGAAUUCAGGAGCUUGAGAUGGAUCGGCGUUCCUCAAAAAAGAAAAUUGAACACUUCUUAAGGAACGUCAGUGAGGAAAGGGUUUCAUGGAGGAGCAGAGAGCAUGAGAAAGUCCGUGCAUUUAUUGAUGACAUCAAGGCUGAACUGAACCGGGAAAGGAAAAAUCGUCAGAGAACUGAAAUUCUCAAUUCCAAAUUGGUUAAUGAGCUUGCUGAUGCCAAGUUAUCAGCAAAGCGAUACAUGCAGGACUACGAAAAAGAAAGAAAGGCGAGAGAAUUAAUUGAAGAAGUAUGUGAUGAGCUUGCUAAGGAAAUUGGAGAAGACAAGGCUGAAGUUGAAGCAUUGAAGAGAGAAUCCAUGAAACUCAGAGAGGAAGUGGAAGAGGAAAGGAAGAUGUUACAGAUGGCUGAGGUCUGGCGUGAAGAACGUGUUCAAAUGAAGCUGGUUGAUGCUAAGGUGGCAGUUGAGGAGAAGUAUUCUCUGAUGAACAAGCUUGUGGUAGAUCUAGAGAAAUUUCUGAGGUCAAUAAGUGCAACCCCAGAUGUGAAGGAAAUGAGAGAAGCAGAGUUUCUUCGACAGGCUGCUGCUACUGUGAAUAUUCAAGACGUCAAGGACGUUUCUUAUGAACCCCCAAAUCCUGAUAUCUUUUCCGUGUUCGAAGAGGUUAAUUUUGGUGAGCCUAAUGAGAGGGAGAUUGAGCAAUGUGUUGCCUACAGUCCUGCUAGCCAUGCUUCCAAAAUUCGUACUGUGAGUCCUGAAGUCAAUGGAAUCAACAAGGACCGGAUACAAAGACAUCCAAUUGCAUAUGUUGGUCAUAAUGGUGAUAUAGAAGAAGAUGAGAGUGGAUGGGAAACUGUGAGCCAUCUUGAGGAUCAGGGCUCAAGCUACUCACCGGAUGGGAGUGCCCCAUCUGUCAAUAAGAAUCACCGAGAGAGUAAUGUCUCAGAGAGUGGAACAGAAUGGGAAGACAAUGAAGGUGAGGAAACACCAAUUACUGAAAUCAGUGAGGUUUGCUCGGUACCAACAAAGCAGAUGAAGAAGGUAUCAUCAAUAGCAAGGCUUUGGCGAUCCGGCCAAAAUAACGGGGACAACUACAAGAUAAUCUCUUUAGAGGGACUAAAUGGUAGGCUUUCGAAUGGAAGGAUAUCUACUGGGGGUAUCGUAUCUCCGGAUCGGGGUUCAGGUAAAAGCGGGCUUAGCCCCUCUGAUUUAGUGGGGCAGUGGAGUUCUCCCGAGUCAGGGAAUCACGUUCGAGGAAUGAAAGGGUGCAUUCCUCUUGGGGCGCAGAAGCAUAGUUUGAAGGCAAAGCUUUUGGAGGCAAGGUUGGACAGUCAAAAAGUUCAAUUGCGUCAUGUGCUUAAGCAGAAGAUCUAGAAGUAGCGAGGCAGAGCUUGCUCAUCCAAAAUACUCACAAACCCGGACAAAAAUAAGUAGUUCCAUUUCUCACCGUGCAAGGUACCAACUUUCUGCUACUUGAAACUGCUCGCAUGUGGUGGGGAUGAAGAGUCUGAAUAAUGCAGAUGAUAAUGGACUCUCACAUCUUGUUUCCCAAUUUACACCCAUAAUUAUGCUAUGCUCACAGUUCCAUGAUAAUCUGGAUGAACAACCAGGCUAGGUUAUCUUGUGUCAAAUGAGGGGCUAUCGGUUCUGCUUGUUUUGGGGGUCUUUGCAAGUGAUCCAGAAAUCAAGUCGUAUUAUUUGUAUCA